AGUGUCUCUAAAGCUUCGUUCCUGUGUGGCGCUGUGAAAGGUUUCCGUUUCGUCGAUGUUUUGUGACGUUUCGCAUUAAAACGGUUUCCAUAUGGAGAGGAAAAUAUCUUGUAGGAUUAAGAUAUUUUACUAACAAGUACAUUUCGAUGCUCGACACUAGCUUAUCUACUAACUCGUUUUACUUUAUGACUAAUGGAUAGCUGAAGGACAGUAGCGGGGCCGAACGCUUCUAAAGGCCACAAAAUGCCUCGCCCAUAAUGUACCCCAUGGUGCAAUCACAGAGCAAAGAUCGAAGGCAACCCCAUAUAGCGCUCAUCAGUGAGCAGAGGCUACAGCCUCUCUCUGAGCAACCAGCCCCUUCCGACGAAGAAACUGCCGAAGAUAAUUCAAUCAAGAGGAGGCAUAGGAGACCGCUACAUAGAAGAUUUUUUACUUACGUAAGGGAGGCCUGGACAGGAGUCAAAUCAGCUUUAGAUUCCGAACUCGAGGAUUUGGAAACCCCACCGCGGUACAGACCCGACAGCCUAGAAGCUCUUUGUAGAGCUACUCGUUUUUCAGAAGCCGAAAUCAAAAGAAUUUAUCGUGGAUUUAAAGCUGAAUGUCCAACCGGAGUUGUUAAAGAAGACACUUUCAAAAUGAUUUACGCGCAGUUUUUCCCACAAGGAGUGAACAGUAGUCAGUAUGCUCAUUAUGUAUUCAACACUCUGGAUCAAGAUCAUAGCGGACUGAUUAGUUUUGAGGACUUUGUCCAAAACUUAUCGAUUCUAUCGAGGGGAUCUUUGGAUGAAAAAUUGAGAUGGGCUUUCUCCCUUUACGAUAUAAACGGUGAUGGGUGUAUCACGCGCGAAGAAAUGACGGACAUUGUUAGUGCGAUUUAUGAUCUAAUGGGUAAAUUGGCAGAACCGUGUAUCGAAGAAGACACUGUUAAAGAUAAAGUUGAUAGAAUAUUCCAGAAAAUGGACACGAACGGCGACGGCGUAGUGACUUUGGACGAAUUUUUAGAAUGUUGUAGGAGAGACGAAAGCAUAUCAUCAUCAAUGGCCGUCUUCGAUACGUCCAUAUGACAUACGAACGGCGGCGUUCGUGAAGGUGUUUCUAUUUGAGGGACUUGAUCGGAUGUCGUUUCCGAAAUCGACCAAUUUAGAAAUUUGAUUAUACUCAAAAAUUUAAUGAUUCAGUAAAGGAAAGAUAGAUACCUAAAUAGGUACGAGUGUCAAAUUUUACUGAUAGAUUAUUGAGAGAAUGUUUAUAUCGAUGAUCUAAUCCGCCCGUGGAUAUUACAAUAAAUGAUCGUAAACUGAUCGUAAUUGGUUUGUUCAUGUCAACGUCAGACAGAUGUCACUCAACGAAAUAUUCACAUCAAUACUAAUGGAUAUGUAUUUCUAUGAUUUGAAAUGAAAGGCAUCCAAACAUAACCUCACUAAUAUACGAAGUUUUGAAAUUUUAUUCUACAUUAUACCAUUAUACAAAAGUUUAAAUUAGUUGCUUUAAAACAGAUAUUUCCAAACUUUAUCCCUAUAAAAAUAUUAUUAGUUUCGGUGGAGCAAAUCUAAUAAUGAAAAUUGAUGUAGAUAAGCUCUUUAUCAUUUUAUCUAUUCUUCAGAGAACCGGUGAAACUUUUUAAAGGGUCAGCUCUGAUCCCAUCCACCUAAAACCCUUUCUUUGACUAUUGUAAAUAUUAACUAUUCAAAAAAAUGAUCUGGUAUUUACAAUUUCCAAUACUUUAAAGUCGAAAUCUAUCCCGUGUAAAUUAAUUAUACUGUUACUACCUCCAUAAAUUUAUUUGACAACGUAAAGUCAGUUGUCAGUUGUCAGAAAAUUCAGAACAGAUUUAUCGAUAUUUUUUGUUGAUUGUUUCCUUUUUUGCAAAAAAUUCCACUCCGCAACAAUCAUAAGAUUAAAAACACACAAUAAACCACGCCAUGUUGUAUAGAUUUUGUACUUUUCAAGCAACUACCGCCAUCUCUAGGUCUGGCUAGGUACUUCUGGGACCGUCCUCGUAUACAAAUCAAUAUUCGGAGUUCGAAUAAAGUCCCAAUAAAUUUAUUUGACGGGUGAGAAGCCUAAAAGUGUCAAAUCCUCAACGUAAAGUCAGUUGCCAGUUGUCAGAAAAUGCAGAACAGAUUUAUCGAUAUUUUUUGUUGAUUGUUUCCUUUUUUGCAAAAAAUUCCACUCCGCAACAAUCAUAAGAUUAAAAACACACAAUAAACCACGCCAUGUUGUAUAGAUUUUGUACUUUUCAAGCAACUACCGCCAUCUCUAGGUCUGGCUAGGUACUUCUGGGACCGUCCUCGUAUACAAAUCAAUAUUCGGAGUUCGAAUAAAGUUUCAAUAAAUUUAUUUGACGGAUGAGAAGUCUAAGAGGGUCAAAUCCUCAACGUAAAGUCAGUUGUCAGUUAUCAGAAAAUUCAGAACAGAUUUAUCGAUAUUUUUUGUUGAUUGUUUCCUUUUUUGCAAAAAAUUCCACUCCGCAACAAUCAUAAGAUUAAAAA